CGAUGUUACUUGUCCGUGGACAACUAGUUGCGACCUAUUUCUUUUUUAUUAUGUCUUUUGUUGUGUGUUAAAGUUGUUUAAUUGUUUUUAAUUAUGGAUGACGAAAAGCAACUUGUAUAUGGUGAGGACGAUCUAUCCAGCGAUGAAGAUGAAAUUAAAACUCUCGGGGCACCGAAGAGUUUACCUUACGCGACUGCCAAAGAGCAAUCCUCCACCAGCCGAAGCCAGGCAAUUUUUGGAACGGGGAUUACCCAAACAAAUAAUAAUGACGUGUCGCCCUUAUUGAGCAUAGAACCUGAGCCCGUCUAUGAGGGCAGCAGCGGCAGCAAUGCGGGCACCGCAAGCAUCACAGCGAAUUCCGAACCCAUAUUCCAUGUACGCUCGCGCACAGCAGCCGCUUUGGCUGGAACUGCACAGCAAACCCAAACCCAAUAUGAGAGUCUGGACUAUGAUGUGUGCGAGAAUGCGCUUUUUCAGGCCGAGCAGCGCAAACGUCUGAGGGAUCGCUUCUCGCUGCGCAUCCAUGUGAUACGCUGGAUCAUAUUCAUACUCAUAGGCAUUGUAACUGCACUGAUAGCCUGCACCAUCGACAUAGUCAUCGAGGAGCUCUCGGAGCUGAAGUACAAAUUUCUCAAAUCAUCUGUGGACCACAAUGUGCCUGUUAACGAGAGCACGGGCGAUCUGGCGCUGCCCUUUUUCUGGUGGCUACUCUUCAGCGUUGUGCCGGUGGCCAUUGGUGCUGGCAUGGUCACCUACAUAGAGCCCAUUACCGCGGGCAGCGGCAUACCCCAGGUGAAGAGCUAUCUGAACGGCGUCAAGGUGCCGCGCAUUGUACGCAUCAAGACGCUGGCCGUGAAGGCCGUCGGCGUGAUCACGUCCGUGGUGGGCGGUUUGGCUGGCGGCAAAGAGGGACCGAUGAUACAUGCUGGCGCCGUUGUCGCCGCGGGCAUAUCACAGGGCAAGAGCACAACGUUUGUCAAGGACUUUCGCAUCUUCAAGGCCUUUCGCGAUGAUCACGAGAAACGCGACUUUGUCUUGGGCGGCGCAGCAGCUGGCGUCUCGGCUGCAUUCGGUGCGCCCAUCGGCGGCAUGCUCUUCUCACUGGAGGAGGCCGCCAGCUUCUGGAAUCAGAAUCUCAUUUGGCGCACCCUAAUUGCGUCCAUCAUCAGUUCGUUUACGCUCAAUAUUGUGCUGUCUGCCUAUCACGGCCUGCACGAUUUCACAUUUACGGGUCUCUUCAAUUUGGGCAAAUUCGAUCAGCCGCUAACCUUUGAAUACUUCGAGCUGCCGCUCUUCAUGCUGCUGGGCGUGACGGGCGGUCUGCUGGGCGCCGCUUGGAACUCCCUGAACACGCUGAUCAACAAGUUUCGCAAGCGUUAUGUGCCCUGGAAGGUGGGCAAGGUGUGCGAGGCUGUACUGGUUGCCAUAAUGGGCGUCACAUUGGCCUGCACCAUGAUCUAUUUCAUCGAUGAUUGUCGUCCUCUGGGCAACGAUCCGACCAUACAUCCCGUGCAGCUGUUUUGCGAGGAUAACGAAUACAAUGCGGUGGCUGCGCUCUGGUUCCAAACACCCGAGGCCACGGUGCGUGCGCUCUUCCACGAUCCGCCAGGCUCUCAUAAGAUCCUUACGCUAGCGGUGUUCACGCUCGUCUACUACUUUUUAUCCUGCGCCACCUUUGGCCUCAACGUCUCGCUGGGCGUCUUCAUACCCACCGCGUUGGUGGGCGCUGCCUGGGGUCGCCUCGUGGCAAUGCUGAUCUUCUAUUUAUUUCCCAAUGCGCUCUUUCUGCAUCCUGGCAAAUACGCCCUCAUUGGCGCCGCGGCCAAUUUGGGCGGAGUGUUGCGCAUGACCAUCAGCCUGUCGGUCAUUCUGAUGGAGACGACGGGCAUCGAGACGUCAUUCUUCUUUCCGCUCAUCAUAGCGCUGAUCACCGCCAAAUGGGUGGGCGACUACUUCAACGACGGCAUCUAUGACACUGUCAUCGAGGUCAACAAUGUGCCCAUGCUCUCGUGGGAGCCACUGCCACAAUAUAAAGGCCUAACUGCCAAGGAAAUUCUGAGCAAGCCCGUGGUCAGCAUCAAGCUGGUGGAUAGCGCCCAUUAUAUCUAUGAGGUGCUGCAGAAAUGCAAUCACAAUGGAUUUCCCGUGGUCGAUGACGUGGUGGGCGAUCGUCGCUCCGAGGGACGCGUUUGCGGCAUCAUUUUGCGCUCCCAGCUAAUUGUCAUAUUGCUCAAAUCGCUGUACGUGGAAAACAAACGAUUCUGGAUACCGGAGACAUCGAUACAAACAUUCCGGGAUGUCUAUCCGCGAUAUCCGUCCAUUAGUAGCGUGCGUCCAUUGGACAGAAAAAUUAAUUAUACCGUAGAUCUAUCCAUGUUCAUGAAUCCCUCGCCAGUGCGCGUCAAUACGCAUGAUUCGGUGCCCAAGAUCUUCAAUAUCUUUCGAGCCCUGGGUCUGCGUCACAUGUUGGUUAUCAACAAUGAAAAUCGCAUUGCUGGCAUUAUAACGCGCCGCGAUUUUAUAUACAAGUGAUAUUCAUACAAUAUUUACAAUACUACGGAUUGUCACGACAUAAUCCCAGGAUUAUUAUAAUUAUUGUUUU